AUGGUUUGGAGGAAGCAAUGCCAGGAGAUAGCCAACUCGGGGCCAGUGUUCCUGACUGUCUACGCCACGGUCGUCGUCGGAAUCCUCCUCUCAUCCUUCUAUGUCCUCUCCGCCAUAUACUCCUCUGGUGGCUCCUCCGGCGCCUCUUCCUGGUCGCUCCCUCCUGCUUCUAGUAAGCACCCUCACUCUCUCCAUUUGUGUAUACAUAUAUGCACUGCCACGGGCAAUAUGGCAUACACUGGAAAAAUUGGCUUGUUCGAGUUUGGGGUUUGUACUUCGAUUAUGCAGAAUCUUGGAAAGGCAAGAGCAGAGCACUUGCUAACAAAGAAAAAGGAUGACAUUGAGAUUGUGGAAACUUCAAGUAGAAUAAAGUUAUAG